AAGUUCUUCAUUCCCUGGUUUCACAAGAAGCGAUGGAAAAACCACAGUCUCCACAGUUUAGGGAGAUGGGUCUUGUGGUUUUGAUGCUGUUAUGCCUCACUACCACCGUGCCCACUUCAGUUUCUAUACAACAAGGAGAAGGAGCAGAGGAAUUGGUUUCUUCACAGCCCAGAAAAUGGCAAGACAGAGUUAUAGAAGUGAAAGGAGGGCCAGAAUCAGUUGUAUGGAUAGUGCAGCUCUCUGAUCUCCACUUUAGUGUCCACCAUCCUGAAAGAGCCCUUGACUUCAAGAAAAUUGUGGGCCCUGCUCUUAAGAUGAUUAACCCAUCUCUUGUUCUCAUCACUGGUGAUCUCACAGAUGGGAAAAGCAAGGACUUGUUAACAAUGAAACAAAAUGAGGAUGAGUGGAUAGAAUAUCAGAAUGUAAUGGAAGAUGUUGCGAGAAGAAGUGGACUAGACAAGAGCAUCUUCUAUGAUCUCAGAGGAAACCAUGAUAAUUUUGGUGUACCAGUCAUUGGUGGUUCGUUUGAUUUCUUUUCAAAUUAUAGUAUUAAUGGGCAGUUUGGAAGAAAAGGAAAUGUCAACAGUGUCACACUUGAGACUGGUGACCGCAAACAUGUAUUUGUUGGGUUGGACAGCACGAUGUCUACUGGUUUACGAGGGCCAACUAAUCUUUUUGGGCAUCCAACUGACCAACUACUGUCUCAAAUAGAUUCACAGCUAUCGCAAUGGGAUUCUCAAAAAGGAAAAUCCAUAACUAAGAUAUCCUUUGGGCAUUUUCCACUUUCAUUCUCGGCAUUCUCAGAGUCUCAGAAAAGCUUGAGAGAUGUUUUUCUGAAGCAUUCAGUGUCAGCUUAUUUAUGUGGGCAUCUUCAUACGAGGUUCGGUAAGAAUUUGAAACGGCAUCACCAGUCAAAUGAAAAAUUCCUGUCAUCACAUAGGUUUUUUCAGUUAAACAUGCACCAAGAACCUUCUGAGAAUACUAAAAACUGUUUGUUUCAAGCACCGCCACUUAAGGAGUUCUGGGAGUGGGAGAUGGGUGAUUGGAGGAAAAGUAGAGCUAUGCGAAUUGUGGCUGUUGACAGAGGUCAUGUUUCAUACCUGGACAUUGACUUCAAAUCAGGAACCAAAAAAACCAUUGUGUUGCCCACAUUUCCACUGGAUUCCCGCUUCAUGUUAACAUCUUCAUUACAUCAGAUGUAUGGGUGUCAACACAUGGUCCCUUUUUCCUUUGAGACAAUCAGAUGCCUUGUGUUUUCUGUUUCUCCAAUCACGUCUGUUGUGGCUAGGAUCUAUGACACAAGACCAGGGAGUCCCCUUAUGAUCAUGGAGACAACCAUGACCAAGUUUGUGAGGGAUAUAUCCAGGGGAGACAUUUAUGCAGCUGCAUGGAACUAUAAAGCCUUUGAGGAUCCGUCUCCUGUUAGAUUUUGGCUGCAAAUAGAAGUAAUUGAUGUGAUGGGAAGAUCAACUUUGUCUGAACUAAGGCCAUUUUCUGUAAACGGUCUAAGUGCUAAGAUCUCAUGGACAUGGAAGGAAUUUUUUGUCAUGGGUUGUCAAUGGGCUGCUUUGUACUACCCGAUAUUCUGGUCUGCAGUGUUUUUAAUGCUCUCCAUUCUUCUCAUUCCAAAAUUCGUCCUCAUGUUCUCUAAGAAGCAGUACUCUUACAAGAAUUUCAUUUCUGAAAAAAGCUUAAUAAAUUGUAUAGCAUGGGUUUUGCUGGACCUCUGCAGGGUUCAUGUAGUGUGGUUUGGUUUUUUAGGAUACUUGAUCUACCUCGUAUCAUGUCCCUGGCUAAUUGGGCAAGUUUUCACUGAUGGUGGGAACAGGGGGUACAUGACCUGCAUGGGAUGGCUGGUGAAAAUUUUUAACAGCAGGGAAAAACACGAUUAUAUUGGAUCUCCAGAUAUAAUGGUGGUUGUGCUUCCACAUUUCUUCUUUGUGGUUAUACCUUCUAUUCUGGUUGCUGGAGCAUUGGCUGCUGAAAGAGUUAUCUACAAAGAGCAUUUUCUAUCACUUUCAGGCAAGAAAGAAGACGACGAUUCUAGUCAGAAGAAUAAGAGAUCAGGAACCUAUGAUAACCACAGGCAUAGAAGAUCAAAAUUUGAUUUUGUGGAGAGGUGGUUUCGGAAAGUUCUCCUGGCAGCUUGCUUGGUGAUUUGUUGGAAACAUUUUACGAAUUGCAAAGCUCUCACGAAAGCAUAUGAGAUGAACCCGUUGCUUCACUUUCCAGUAUAUAGCCUUGCAAUUCCACUGCUGUUGGCUUGCACCGUGUACAAAACCAGGAGUAUUCAAUAAGCUUUUUGCAGAAAGCAAGCCUUGUUCCACACCGUUGAAGUAUGAAUGCAAUUUUUUAUUAGCACAAGAAACAUCGAAGAAGGAUCAUGAUGACAUGGUUUGACACCACACUUGACUACAACUUCAAGUUGUCCGAAGCUGCAAAUUGUUGAACAAAAACAGGUGCGUUGAGGACUGACAUGUUUACAAUAAAAGGUACCGGAUGAUAUGCAAUCAAGAAACUUCCCGGCUAACUUACGAUUGAGUUUUCUAGGAUAGGAAGUUCUUUAAGUUAUUAGUAAGUGUUAUGAGUCUUAUGACUAGUGGAAUUGUAAGCAAAGUUACAAGAAAAGCAGUAAAAAGGUUUUCCAUGGCUAAAA